CUGUUCACCAAAAGAGGAAAUCUCGUCUUUUCAUCACAGCUCCAAAUCCCCACCGGUGAGACAGACAACUCAGCUGUGUUUUGGACCAUGGGUAGUUAUUAUGGGCUGGUGGUUCUGGUCGUCUUUGUCCUGAUUCCUGCAAGAUGCGGUGAGAGUUGUGGGGGGAGGGACGGCCGGGCGGGGGAGGCAGGAGCUCCGGGUAGAGACGGAUAUCAAGGAGCCAAAGGAGAGAAGGGAGAAGCAGCGGUGAAGUUUCAGGGUCCGGUGGAUGAGGCUGCCCUGCGGAGGUUGAAAGGGGAGGCGGGGCGGCGAGGCGAGCAGGGGACGAUGGGCCCUAAAGGGUACCGUGGACAUCUGGGAGCCCCGGGGCUUCCCGGAGAGCCCGGACGCCCCGGCCCCGAGGGGAAGGGCAUCGGCCAUGGAGGACAGGGGGCUCCGAUGGCUCGAUCAGCCUUCUCAGCGAUUCGGACUAUCAACACUUAUCCUGCAGUUGGAAGGGUGAUAACAUACCAGAAUACCGUGGUAAACACACCUGAGGGCGACAAUAAGGACUUUAACGCGGCCACAGGUCAAUUCACCUGCAGAGUCCCCGGAGUGUAUUACUUCACCUUCAACUCUGUGGCCAAGGUGAGCAUGUGUGUGGAUAUAGCGAGCGAAGCUUUGGUGAACAAGCUGGGAUUUUGUGAUUACAACAAGAACACUGAACAGGUGCUGUCGGGCGGCGUGGUUCUGCAGCUGACUGCGGGACAGAAGGUUUGGCUCGAGUCCUUCAGAGACCAGCAGAAAGACAAUGAAAGAAGAGACAAUCAAGAGAAACAGACCAUCUUCAGCGGCUUCCUGCUCUUCGCAAGUCCAGAAUAAAGUCCAAUCAUUUACAGCCCAAAAUCUGAAACCAAAUAAAGCCGUUUUCAGAAGGAAGUCACUAUAAAGCAGCAUCACAGUACAGUUAUAUCGCCGAACCCUUUGUACAUGCAAAUAAAUGAACAGUAUGAAAUUGA